CCCACCCGCACCCCCACCCGCCCAUCAUGGAGAACUUCACAGACAAGUCUUCCGAGGCCAUCAAGACCUCGAUGGAGAAGGCCGAGGAGAUGGGCAACUCGCAAGUCCACCCCCUCCACCUUAUCGCUGCUCUCUGGGACGAGUCCACCGCCGACAACAUGAACUCGUCAGCACCAACACUGCUCCGCGGGAGUCUUGAGAAGAUCGGCGGCAACUCGACCGCCUUCCAGCGCCAGCUGUUCAGCCGUCUCACCAAACUCCCCGUCGUUGAGCCCGCCCCCGACCCCCCGAUCCCACUCACAAACUCGUACCACGCCGUGCUCAAGGAGGCGCAGAAGCUCCAGAAGGACAACGGCGACAAGUUUGUCGCCGUCGACCAUCUCGUCAUCGCACUCGCCCACGUCGACCACUCGGAGCUCAAAGACCUCCUCAAGGCCGCCGGCGUGACGGCCAAGGACCUCGAAGCCGAGAUCAAAGUCAAGCGCGGGACACGCAAGGCGGACUCGCGCGGCGCCGAGGGCCAGUUCGAAGCCCUCAAGAAGUACUGUGUCGACUACACCGAGCUCGCGGCCGAGGGCAAGCUCGACCCCGUCAUCGGGCGCGACAACGAGAUCCGUCGGGUCAUCCGCAUCCUCGCCCGCCGCACAAAGGGCAACCCCGUCCUCAUCGGCGAGCCGGGUGUCGGAAAGACCGCCAUUUGCGAGGGGUUAGCACAGCGCAUCGUCGACCGCGACGUGCCCGCCUCCCUCCUCUGCCGCCUCCUCGCACUCGACAUGGGCGCGCUCAUGGCCGGCGCAAAGUACAAGGGCGAGUACGAGGAGCGCGUCAAGGCCGUGCUCUCGGAGAUCGAGAAGGCAGGCGACGAGGGCGACCCGAUUAUUCUAUUUAUUGAUGAAGUGCACUUGAUCAUGGCAGGCAAGGACAGCAGCGGCGGCAUGGACGCAGCCAACCUCCUCAAGCCCAUGCUCGCCCGCGGCAAGCUCAAGGUCAUCGGUGCAACCACGCUCAACGAAUACCGCGAGUACAUCGAGAAGGACUCGGCGUUUGAGCGCCGCUUCGCGCAAGUCAUCGUCGAGGAGCCGUCUGUCGCCGACACUGUCGCCAUCAUGCGCGGCAUCCGCGAAAAAUACGAGACCCACCACGGCGUGCGCAUCAUGGACUCUGCGCUCGUGCUCGCCGCCCAGCUCGCGAAGCAGUACCUCACCGCGCGCCGGCUGCCAGACUCGGCCAUCGACCUGCUCGACGAGGCCGCGAGUGCCGUCAAGGUCGCGCGCGAGACGCGGCCCGAAGCGAUCGAUGUGCUCGAGCGCCAGAAGCUCGGCGUCGAAGUCGAGAUCCACGCGCUCGAGCGCGAGAAGGACGCCGCGUCCAAAGAGCGCCUGGCGCAGGCCAAGAAGACAAUCGCCGAGAUCAACGACAAGCUCAAGCCGCUCAAGAAGGAGUACGAGAACGAGAAGCGGCUCGGCGACCAGAUCCACGAGCUGCGGCGCAAGAUUGACGAGCUGCGCGCCAAGGCUGACGACGCCGAGCGGCGCUACGACCUCGCCACCGCCGCGGAUAUCCGGUACACGGCGAUCCCGCAGCGCGAAGCCAAGCUCAAGGAGCUGCAAGCGCGCGAGGACGAGCGCGGCUCGCUGCAGGAGGUGACGCCGGAGAUGAUUGCCGAAAUCGUCGCCAAAUGGACAGGCGUGCCCGUCGCGCGCCUCGUCGAGACGGAGAAGCAGAAGCUGCUGCACCUCGAAAAGCUCCUCUCCAAGAAAGUCAUCGGGCAGCCCGAGGCCGUCAAGGCCGUCGCGAACGCGAUCCGCCUCAACCGUUCCGGCCUGUCGAACCAGAACCGGCCGAUUGCGAGCUUCCUCCUCGUCGGCCCCUCGGGCACGGGCAAGACGCUGCUCGCCAAGACGCUCGCCAAGGUCAUGUUCAACUCGGAGGACGCAAUGGUGCGCAUCGACGCGUCCGAGUAUUCGGAGCGGCACGCGAUUUCGCGCCUCAUCGGCGCCGGGCCAGGCUACAUCGGCCACGAAAGCGGCGGGCAGCUCACGGAAGCGGUGCGCCGCAAGCCGUACUCUCUCAUCCUGAUCGAUGAGAUCGAGAAGGCCGCGCGCGAGUUCCACCAGCUCUUCCUGCAGGUCCUCGACGACGGGCGCCUGACGGACGGCAAGGGCCGCGUCGUCGACUUCCGCAACACGAUCAUCAUGAUGACCUCGAACACGGGCUCGGCGUACCUGAACGAAAACCCGUCCGAAGGCGCCGUGCCGAAAGCCACGCGCGACAAAGUCAUGGGCGCGAUCCAAGCGACUUUCCCCCCCGAAUUCAUCAACCGCAUCGACGAGAUCAUCAUGUACCGCUCGCUGUCGCGCGCCGACAUGCGGCGCGUUGUGGCCGUGCGCCUGCGCGAGAUCCAAGAACGCCUCGACGUGAACAACAAGAAGAUCCGCGUCGUGUGCGACGACAGCGCCCUCGAGUGGCUCGCGAACGCGGGCUACUCGCCGAUGUAUGGCGCGCGCCCGCUCGGCCGCCUCAUCCAGCACGAGAUCCUCAACCCCCUCUCCAAGCUGAUUCUGCAGGGGCGCGUGCGCGACGGCGAAGACGCACACGUCACUACAGACCACGUCAAGAACCGGCUCGUCGUCGUGCCGAACCACGACAACGUCGAGCACCCCGACGACGACGACUUUUCGGACGACGACGACCCCAUGGACGUCGAGAUCGAGGAGGUCGAUUAGGACAGCGCCGGGCGGCGGGGUACAAAAAUUCCGGACGGGCGUAAAGCCCACAAGCAUAAGAACGAGGAUUCCGAGGCCGAGGCGCCAAAGAAGGCUCCCAAGAGGCGCGCGAAGAGGUGAGGGAGUGUAUAGGCUAGUAAAGGACGAUUGUGUAUGCAUAGGUUGUGUCAGG